AUGGAGGAGCACGCGUACGCGCUGCGCGGAGCUGGCGACUUCGUUGGAGCUCCACCGCCGCCGCCCUCCCCCCCGGCGGCAGCCCUGGGAAUCGACUACGGUGCUGGUGGCGACUACGUUGGAGCUCCUGGCCCCCCUGUGGUCAUCAGGUUUGUCGGGGAAGUACAAGGAGCUCCAAGACCAACAGAGUUCUUUGACCGUACAGCUGAGGGAUCUGCUCCUCUAAGCGAGCCGGUGCGGGCCGGCUGCGGUUCCCGGUCGCCUGAUGGGUCGGCGCCGCCAGCCCUGUCUGGCUACCAGCCCUCGCCGUGCCUGUCGGAGCCCCGGCCGUUCUCCACUGGCCCCUGGCAGCCGCCGGCGUUCCUGUCCGGCAUUCCCUGUGUCCCGCCGGCUCCCGCUGCCGCCUCGGUGCAGCAGCCCCCGACGGUUCCCACUGCCGCCUCCGCCGUGCUGCAGUCCCGGCCGAUCCGACCUCUCCAUGCCCCUUCCCCGUCCCGGCCGGCUCUAGUUCCCUCUCUCCCGUCUCCGUCCCGGCCGGUCCCAGUUCCCCGUGCCCCGUCUUUGCCCCGGCCGGCUCUAGUCCCUCCUGUUCCUAUUCCUUCCCGCUCGGUGGUAGUUCCCUGUGUCCCGGCUCCUCGUGUUCCACUGCCGUCCCGGCCGUUUCCCCCGUCCCACUCUAGACUGUCCCGUCCCCGUCCCCCCCUUGCCCGCCUCCAGUUCCCAGUGUCCCGUCGCCAUCCCAGCUGGAUCCAGACCCCGGCCUCUCCUGUGCCCGGUACCCCAGCUACCCAUCCCUGUACUCCGGCCCGCCCUCCGGCGCGCCUUUCGCCUGGUAAUCGCCCGCCGGCCCACCCCCCAGACUGCUUCUGCCAUGCCCUUGGUCCCUCCACCGGCUCCCCUCCACCCACCCUUGUUGAUCCUUUGGGACGUCUGGUAUCCGUCCCUUAAGAAGGGAGUACUGUAACGCCCUGUUCCGUUUCUCCUGUGUUCCAUGUCUCCUGUCUCCUGUGUCUUCUCUGUCCUAAUUGUUUAAUUUCCUGCACCUGCCCUCAGCCACUCUUGUCUCGUUAGUCUGAUGUCGUACACCUGUGUUUCCCCCCCUAUAUAUUGUGUCAGUCUUUCCCUUGUCUGCUGUCCGAUUGUUGUCUAUGGUUCCGUGUCCUUUUCCCGUCGUCCUGUCCGUGUUCCUGAUCCUGCCUGCUUCGACCCUGCCUGACCUGACCGAUGAUCCUCUGCCUGCCCCUUUUGGACCUUGUUUAUUUUGCAACUGUUUCGCCUCAUUAAAGAGUGCUUUUUGUUAUUUAUAUUUACUGUGGAACGUCCUGAAGAAGCUCCGGCCCCAGUCCCCCAGAAACCAGAAGAGUCUACUAGGAGGAGCAGGAAGAGGACUCGCCCGACUGCCCCGGCAGGACUGAUAAAGUUCCAGACAGCCUUCCCUUGCGCCUGGCGGGGGAAGGCUGGUUGGCGUGGUUAUACUUUUUUAUUUAGGUAUCGAUUGCUGUGACACAGAAGAGUCUACCAGGAUCUCCUUAACGACGACGAAGAAGAUGACGACGAGGGAGGACCACAUUAGAAGGAUGAAGGACUACAGGACCAGAUGAAGAGCGGCGCGGCGGUUGUCUUUCUUUUAGUGGGCGUGAGGCAGGACUCCUCUGUCUCUCUCCCAGCUGAGGGAGGACGUCAACCAACCCGUCACCCUCAGCUGACCACUGAACCAGUACAAUCAGGACCCCCCCCCCCCGCCCGUCCACCCAGCCCCCUGACACCGCCCGCCCCGCCCACACAGGAAGCAGCUGUGAAGAAGAUGGACGCUUCAGCCGGAACAAGACAUAAUAAUGCUUUCAUUUGUCGCAUGGAAUCCUGUACAUUCAUGUUAACUGUGUACAGUAUUUAGAUUAUCUCCUGAUUUUAAUAAAUACAUGUACAGCAACA